CUUGGCCACCACGCGCAAGUUUCCCUAUCCUGGUUCUGCUGUCAACCUUAUAUACCUUCGUCACGCUCUACAGUUUGUUUCCUACCUUUCUCCCUUACCACGAGGAUGUCGACGUCGGCGCUCGGCCAGAAGAUGCUCGGGAAACUGCCUCUUGGAAAGGGCGCGGCCGAAGAUGAAGACCUUGCGACUCGCGUCCUUAUCAUGCUCGUAAUCUUCGCUGUGUCUCUUGUCGCCGUCUCGUUCCCCACGAUUACAGAGACCUAUCGCUCCAUACGCGUGCCGAGCCUGUUCUUCUUCGUGGGGAAGCAUUUCGGCACGGGAGUCAUCCUAUCCACCGCCUUCGUCCACCUAUUACAAGAUGCGUUCAAGGCGCUUCAAAACCCGGAGGUGAACGAACGGUGGAAGGUGGAAGACUGGGCAGGAUUGAUUGUGCUUGGGUCACUUCUAUCCAUAUUCCUUGUAGAAUACAUCUCCACCGCAUUCGUGGACCGCCUGCAAUCAUAUUCCUCCGCGCCCUCCAGCCCUACCGUUUCGCCCAAUGCCUCUUCACCUCCAUCCAUCCAGAUGGACUACGACGACGACGUGCCUGUCGCGUCAAGACCCUCGAUCCUGGUGCAGAGUCCGAAAGGGACGGAGUCGUGGGUCUCUGGACAGCCCAUGCCUCAUAGUCACAAACACGACGUGCGCCAUAGCAUACACCAGGUCGGCGAGUUUGACGAAACAGGACAUCCAUCAGCUACUCCGCUACCUCUCGCCCCUCCAGAGCUGGCAGACGAGGCCGCGGAGAACGACGAUGCUCACCACCACGCCGACGAGAACACGCCUCUCAACCAUUCCGUUCUGCCGCCACCGCUAGUAGGAGGGUCAUACGGCAGCACGGCGCACCCCUCCGGCCAUCACCCAGUGCGCCCGAGCCUGCACAACGCGCAUAUAUCCGACGAAACCUUCUUUUCCGGGGGCCACCACAGACACGAAACACGCGAUUCACAUCACAAGCACCACGUCCCCGUCUCCCGAUGGUCGUGGUUCAGAUUCCCGUGGGCCAGCGGAGAGGAUGCCUCCCCGCUGGACGCGGCUGUGAUAUCGCGACUUCCGUCCAUGCACAGCCUCAACUCCGGGCGUCGCGGUACGAUGCGAAGCCAAGCUGCACGCUCGUACCGCCAGCAACCUAGCCAUGUGCAUAGUAACGAUGGGCACGAGCACGCUGGGAGGCCACACGCGCAUUCCCAUGCGGACAUGGAGCAGUGGAUGAACGGCAUGGAUGACAGGCAUAACGGGGCUGCACAUGCACCCGUUGACGAGGAGUGUGGGAGUGACUUGGACGACGAAGAGGUCAAGAUCGGCCGCAGGCGGCAGGUGAUCGGCAUUCUCGUACUGCAAAUGGGGAUAAUGAUCCACUCCUUGGUGAUAGGACUCACGCUGUCUAUCGCGAAUGGGCCCGAAUUCACGUCACUCGUAAUUGCGAUCGUGUUCCACCAACUGUUCGAGGGUCUGUCGCUCGGUAUCCGAAUCGCCGGCCUUCCGUCCAAACAUUCAGAAGAUGGCUUCAAACACCUAUCGGGACGCACGCUCAAACCGCUUCUCGCCGUCACCUUCGCCAUCACGACCCCCCUCGGGAUCGGCAUCGGGCUCGCCGCGCUCGGCGGCGCCUCCUCCACCGGACCGCGCCUGAUGCUCAUCCAAGGCAUCAUGUCCGGGAUCUCCGCGGGGAUGCUCAUCUACGCGGCGUGCGUGGAGAUGCUCGCGGGCGACUUCGUGAUGGACGCGCACCUGUGGCGGAGCAGCGUGCGCCGGCAGGUGCUUGCGCUCGUUAGUCUGCUCGCGGGCGUCGCUGCUAUGGCUGCGAUUGGAUUUUUGGACUAGGAUGGGAUGGACGAUACCUGCCACUGCCACUCGGAUGUGGGCUCUGUUCUUUUUCUUGGAUGGCGCGGGCUUGGACCCUCGGAUAAGCACGCGGCUGGACGAUGUAUCAUGUGCGGUAAUGUACAGGAUUGUGUAAUUGUAUAGACGACCAUACGAUGACGACUAGAUCGUAAUGCGAGGAUACGUGCACGAUGUACCAGCUCCAGAUGGAUGCAUGCCUGUUCCUCCUGGAGUGGCACGGGGGUCCGUCGCUGUGUGGCCCUUCUGCCACUUCCCGCGCCGCUUCCGUUCUUGUUCGCGCUGGUUAGGGAAUCCUCGAGCGGGCGCAAACAAUGGCACGGUGUGCGAUCUGUUCGACACAGUCGAUAGGUUUAUUUAUGAUAUUGAAGUCUU